GCUGGAAGCUCCGAUUGGCUAUCACGGCAGUCGUGUUUGCACGGGAAACUCUACUGAAGGGCGUCGUAUUUCACGGAACGGAACAAUGCUGCUGGAUAGCUCUGGAAUGAUCCUCGAAGAAGCGAGGAAGGGAUCCAAAUCCGGUCCUGCCCAAUAGCAAUACGAUAGCUCUCAUUUCCGAAAGAUUGAUGUCAACUCCGUAUAUCGAAAUCAAGAAGUAGGCAGCAAGCAAGCAUCAAAGCAUUCCGCGAAACGAGACAACACUUGAAGUCAUGUCAGUAGUCUGCCCUCUUCCUUUUGCACCAAAACUUUGAAUUGGCUCAUAGAAUGCGAUUGCUCGCUGUUGAAAAUAGUUCUCUCGCUUAUUACUAACAUCUAUUCUCGAAAAGACAAUGGCAAAUCAAAGAAACCUAGGAGAUGCUGCCCAUCAUGUUGGUCUUUUCCGCAUUGAGCAUGACCUCAUUGGCGACGAGAAAGUCCCCGCUGACGCGUACUAUGGAAUCCAGACCCAACGUGCCAUGAAAAACUUUGACAUCACAGGUGUGCCAAUUUCUCAUUUCCCCGAGCUGAUCCGGGCUCUGGCGAUGGUCAAGAAAGCAGCUGCAAUGGCCAACCGAGACUUGGGUCAUUUGGAUCGGAAGAGGACGCAUGCUAUUCUUGCUGCCUGCGACGAGGUGAUAGCUGGGAAAUGGCAUGAGGAAUUCCCCGUAGAUUUGAUCCAAGGUGGAGCUGGAACAAGUACCAACAUGAAUGCCAAUGAGGUCAUUGCCAACCGUGGGCUUGAAAUCUUGGGAAGGAAGAAAGGCGAAUACCAAUUCCUACAUCCCAAUAACGAUGUCAACAAGUCGCAGUCCACCAACGAUGUCUACCCCACGGCGGUUCGUUUGGCUAUUGUAUUCAGCGAUGAUCCUUUGGUCGAAGCUGUCAAAGGGUUGCGAGCCGCCCUUGACCAAAAAGGGGACGAAUUCAGUUCCGUGCUCAAACUCGGCCGUACGCAGCUCCAAGACGCUGUCCCCAUGACCCUGGGACAGGAGUUCCAUGGAUGGUCCACCGCUCUGGGAAAGGAUUUGGAUCGUCUGGCCGACAUUGCCAAUCUUUUUUCCGAGGUGAACCUUGGAGGUACCGCGAUUGGCACCGGCAUCAAUACAGAUCCCGACUACACCAACGUCGUAAUUAAAAAGCUUGCAAUGGUGACGGGAGUUGAUGUCUCGACAGCUCCAAGCCUUAUUGAGGCAUCAUCGGAUAUGGGAGACUUCGUCGCCUUUUCCGGCCUCCUCAAACGCCUUGCAGUCAAACUCUCCAAGAUUGCCAACGAUCUGCGUCUCUUGUCAAGCGGGCCCAGGGGAGGCUUCAAUGACAUAAACCUGCCCGCGGUCCAACCUGGGAGUUCCAUAAUGCCAGGAAAGGUUAACCCUGUGAUCCCCGAGGCUGUCAACCAGACCUGUUUCCAAGUCAUCGGCAAUGACUUGGCAAUCACAAUGGCUGCCGAAGCCGGUCAGUUGCAACUCAACGCGAUGGAGCCGCUGAUCGUCUACAACAUCCUACAGAACCUUCGGAUGAUGACAAAUGCUUGCAAAAUGCUCACCGAGCGCUGCGUCACCGGCAUUACCGCCAAUGUUGAUCAUUGCGCAUCCUUAGUCCGCGAUAGCAUUGGGAUUGUAACGGCUUUCAAUCCAUUCAUCGGCUAUGAAAAGUCCACGGCUGUUGCUAAGAAGGCACUCGCUACUGGUAGAAGCGUCGUCGAUAUCAUCACCGAAGAGGGGCUCCUGGAUGCAGCGACCAUAGCAACCAUUCUGAAGAUCGAGAAUCUCACUGGUCCAAGCUCCCUGAUCAGCCAGAGAGCUAUCAAGGACGCCGAUCGUGGCCACACUCACAUGGUCUUCGAUACAAAGAAAAUCUUUGAGUUUGCCGACGAACACAAGGAAAAAGGAUAUGAAUCUGCCUGACUCCAAGCUAGUGGUUAUGGUUGACCCGCUAAGAAAACCAUCCGAAAAUGACUUCCGACUUAUAUUCUAUAAAAUAAAAUCAUCGUGGCUUUGUUGUUG